GGCUGGCCGCCAUCUUGUUGUUGAUCCGUACCUUAGUGGCCAGCGCCGGGAGCUGGACGGCGCGGCCGGUGCAGGGCCGCUGCUGCGGGGCUCAGCCACCUGCGCUGCCUGCCAGGGGGCGGGCCUAAACCUGGAGGCCCAGGGGGCCCAGCCCCCGUGGGGAGCCGUGGGCGCCCGCUGCCCGGGCCGGGCCGGACAGAAUAAUAAGCUGAAUAGCAUCUGACCCUUGGCAUUCAGCUUGCCAGGACCUUCUACCCAGCUCUCCUUUUGUGGCCCAUGUGCUGCAUCCUCUGCCCUCAGUGUGCACCUGGCCCCCAACGCAAUGUGUGUUUGUCAAACCAUGGAAGUGGGGCAGUAUGGCAAGAACGCAAGUCGGGCUGGAGACCGUGGAGUUCUCCUGGAGCCCUUCAUCCACCAAGUAGGCGGACACAGCAGCAUGAUGCGCUAUGACGACCACACUGUGUGCAAGCCCCUCAUCUCCCGGGAACAGCGCUUUUACGAGUCCCUCCCUCCUGAAAUGAAGGAGUUCACCCCUGAAUACAAAGGCGUAGUAUCUGUCUGUUUUGAGGGGGACAGUGAUGGAUACAUCAACUUGGUGGCCUAUCCUUAUGUGGAAAGUGAGACCCUGGAGCAGGAUGACACACCAGAACGGGAGCAACCUCGGCGUAAACACUCCCGUCGGAGCCUGCACCGGUCAGGCAGUGGCAGUGAUCACAAGGAUGAGAAAGCCAGCCUGUCCCUGGAAACUUCUGAGAGCUCACAGGAGGCAAAGAGUCCAAAGGUAGAGCUACACAGUCAUUCAGAGGUCCCUUUCCAGAUGCUAGACGGCAACAGCGGUCUGAGUUCUGAGAAAAUCAGCCACAACCCCUGGAGCCUCCGCUGUCACAAGCAGCAGCUGAGCCGCAUGCGCUCUGAAUCCAAGGACCGAAAGCUCUACAAGUUUCUCCUGCUUGAGAAUGUGGUGCAUCACUUCAAGUACCCCUGUGUGCUGGACCUGAAGAUGGGCACCCGGCAGCAUGGUGAUGAUGCAUCAGCUGAGAAGGCAGCCCGGCAGAUGAGGAAGUGUGAGCAGAGCACGUCAGCUACACUGGGUGUCAGGGUCUGUGGCAUGCAGGUAUACCAGCUGGACACAGGGCAUUACCUCUGCAGGAACAAGUACUAUGGCCGUGGGCUCUCCAUCGAAGGUUUUCGCAAUGCCCUCUAUCAGUAUCUGCACAAUGGCCUGGACCUGCGACGUGACCUCUUUGAGCCUAUCCUGAGCAAACUGCGGGGCCUGAAAGCUGUGCUGGAGCGGCAGGCCUCCUACCGCUUCUAUUCCAGUUCUCUGCUUGUCAUCUAUGAUGGCAAGGAGUGCCGGGCUGAGUCCUGCCUGGACCGCCGGUCUGAGAUGCGUCUCAAACACCUGGACAUGGGGCUCCCUGAGGUGGUGUCAUCCUGUGGCCCCAGCACCAGUCCCAGCAGCAUCAGUUCCGAGGCGGGUUCCUCCUCUCCACCUAAGGUGGAUGUCCGCAUGAUUGACUUUGCACAUAGCACGUUCAAGGGCUUCCGGGAUGACCCCACUGUGCAUGAUGGGCCAGACAGAGGCUACGUGUUUGGCCUGGAGAACCUCAUCAGCAUCAUGGAACAGAUGCGGGACGAGAACCAGUAGGCCCAGUCCUGGGCCCCCAAACCCCUUCCUCUCUACCCGCAGGCAGGGACCAUUGCUCUGAACUUGCCAUGAGGACACACAGACUUGCUUUUAAAGGGUUAUAUUUCUCUUUGGUGUAAACUAAAAGAAAUGUUUUUAGCUGUAGCCUGGAAUCCAUGUAUCUAUAAAGUGAAGGAGGGCAUAUAUGUUCUCUCAGCCAGGCUUCUUAGCUUUAUGGCUCUGACUGCUGUGUCCAGGCUGACUUAGGAAGAAAGAGAUGCCCCUGGUGGGCUCAGCAGCAGGAACAGGGUGCCCUUGGACGUUGGUUUAUCUGGCCUAGGUCGUUGAGGUCUGUGGCUGCAGGGCUCUACCGAUUGUGGAGUGAAGCCCUGGGCUGGCACAGGGUCCCUCCAUGCCGUCUUCCUUGUUCUCCAGAAGUACUAGAGACUGGGUACCCAUUUCUUGGAGGCUUUCCAGUCUUGUGCUGUGGAUAUGUCAGCUUGCUCUUUAACAGUUGCCUUCAUGGCACCCAGGGCUGAUUGCACACAGCUGGGCCCAUCCUUUAGGGUCUGACCUUGGUAUGGGGCUAGAUUAAUAAAGCUGGGCUGAAGCCAGCUCUUGGCAGAGGGCAGGCUCUGGGUUUUCUGGGCACCUAUUGACACAUGAACCUUUUCCUCCUAUGCCCGAAACCCCAGCUAGCUUCUCUUUCCAAGAUCCCUUGCCUAAGAAGGCCAUUCCCUCCUUAGGCAAGGGGGUGUAGUUCUGUUUGCUGAGGAAAGUCUAUGUUCCAGUAGGUCUCAGGACUUCUGGUUGCUCUGGCCCAGACAGUAUUUACAGUUCUUGGGCUGUGAGUAGGGGUCUUCCUCCUCUGGUUUGGGCAGCUGUGCUGCCGCCGCUGGAUAGGUUGCUCCUCCCAGGAUUCAAGGGCUGUGGUCCGCUCAGGGUCUCAUAUUUCUCCAGGCCAAGCUCAAGGCAGCAGCCCUUUGUGAGGUGCUCCAGACCCUGGGCCUGGAGAACUUUAAGCUUGUCUGCUCACGGGGAUAUGGUCUGGGCCCUGGGUACAGGUGCCCAGAUUCUGCUAGUGAGAGCUUUGUCUACUCUAUUCUGGGGUCCAUCAGUUUGUCCAUGUGUCCAUCUGCCAGUCCCUGUCUUUUGGGAUCCUUCCCCUGGGGUGUAGUCUUGCUUAUUAGAAUAUAUUUCCUUCAUGCUUUUCUCAGCAAAAUACCCUUUCCCAUUUCUGAGGUGAGCUCUUGGUCUUGUGCCCUGCCUCUGCAGGUGCUGCCUUUUUAUAAAGACCUGGUAGCAGAAUGAACCGUAGGUGGUGUUUCCAUGUUGGCUCAAAACCCUUUCCCUGGGCCUAGAAUUUGGCCCUCAACACUGACUGUGGGUUAACCCUUUCAUCCCCACAGUUUUAGUCAUUUUUGCAGUCAGCCCUUAAUGGCACAGAGACCUACUGCUGCUUACACAAAGGGCCAAGAGGUGACUACUGAAUUCAGCCAUUGUCAAAGUUAGCAUCCUCUCGUCCAAACCUAAGGCUGUUGUCAUUGUCACUUUUGGCAGGUUCCUGUUUUGACAUUAAAGUAUACCUGCCAUUCUGUGUCUGUGAGAGGUCUUGGUAACUAAUAGACUGAUUUCCUGGUCCUUAGAGAUGCAGCCUCUUUAAUGGGCUCCUUGAUGGAUCCCAGCUCUCUCAACCCUCUGACCCUGGUGCCAGUGGUGGAUGGGUUCCCAUUCCUUGGGACUGGGAGGGGCAGCUUGCCUGCUUCUGGUCAGAAAUGACCAUCUUGUCUCCUGUACCAGGCGGUGGCUUCAGGUAUGGGGGCAGCAGCUCUUCAUUAGUGUAGACUGUCAUUCUAUGGCAGGGUAGAGGGCAAGAAUCUGGAGCCAUUUGGGACUGCCUGGGGAUGUUUUUUGCCUCCCAGAUUUCUAGAUUCUGGGAGCAGAUGAUGCCCCAUUUUGCUGUCCUCACUUACCAAGUGUUUUCUUGACAUCUUUUAAAAAGAAUGGAAGGGCCUAGGAUUUGCUGCUUCUCCCUCCAGAGCAAGGCAAAAGUGUCAGCACUUUUGACACCUGGAGACCCUGUUCUGUAGUCUGAUGGUAGUGGACAAGUGUGUGUGUAUACUUUCUGCCAGCCACUGCUCUUUCUCCCUUCCCCAGGCCAGAGGCCUGUCUCUGCCAGGCCUUGCCUUCCCAGCCCCAACUUGGGACCAAAGUGCAACAUGGGAUCAUGGGUGGGGGUGCUCUAGUGACCCCUCUCUAUAGUGCUUCCCUGGGCCAAGUGACACCAGCCCCUGGGGGGUGGGUGUGGGGUGGGUUGGGUGGUGGUUAAAGAGGAAGGGGACCACUGUAGCAGCUUACCAGGGACCCCACACCUCCCUCUCUGGGCCUGUGCAAUGGGUGUGGGGAUUCCCACUAAGGGGCCAGGGGCCUGUGCUAGUUUAGUAGUCUCUGCUCAUGCUCUCACACCUGGCCAUGUGCACGCUCCCUAGAUGCAGAUUGCAUUGAACUUUAAAGCUGUACAAUUUGGUUAUGUUUGUGCCGAAUUUUUAAAAUAUUUUAAUGAAAAAAAGUGGAGAACCCUGGGACGGGCCUGGUUCCUUUGCUUCUCGGGGAACUGGAAGACCUCGCUCUGCUCCUCUUUCCUGGAAGCUAAGCCUAUCCACACCGCCCGAGACCUGCUCCCGGAUACUACUCGUGGCUGCAGCUAUAGUUGCGUUUUCUCGGGACCUUGCGUGUGGGAGAGAGGGGUGCUCCGGCCGAGCCUGCUCCUUUCUGUCCCCUAGUGCUGCCCACCCCGCUUGUGUCUGAGGUCGUGUAUGUCAAAAUAAAGCCGUUAGAAACUCA